AUGCCCGACGUCUCCACUCUGAUGUCUGAAUGGUCUGGCCAGUUCGAGGACGUUCUGCGUUUGAACAUCCUACCGACAGCGGAAAUGGACUGCAGUCUCACUGAUUAUGUCGACACUGUCUGUGCAAUUUUGGACAUCCCUGUGUACAAUAACCGUAUCCACUCCCUCCACCUCCUCUUCUCUCUCUACAUGGAGUUUAAAAAUUCACAGGUAAGUUUUUUCACUUAUAAACUCUAA